AUGGAAAACAGGCAGGGAAGGAAGCCCAACAAACUAGUGCAUCCCAGGGAUCGAAGAAGAAAAAACGUGGUACAAGUAAAGAGGGAAAUUUGCAAGAAACCAUGGUACUUGCACCUAGAAAAAAGCGAAAUAACAUUUUUUUUCGAUUUGGUCGAGGAGGAGAUAACUUCUAGGUAUAAAAGAAAAAGUAGUUUGACCACUCUGGGCAGUGCGUUUAAGAGGGUCGCGGUAAAGAGGGAGCAAACGGGGGAUGGUGAAGAUGGGGACGAAGUGGGUGCGGACGUUUGCACCGAGUCGGAAGGGAAGAACCAUGAGGGGAGGGACGACUCGUCUGAAGGAUUGCUCGACGUGAAGGGCGAGAAUGAGCAGAGGAGCAGGCUCAGCGAUGACGAAUUGUCUGGGGAGCACCUCUACGGGGAUUUGGGAAGAGAGAUGACUUCAGGUGAUGUGCAAAGUUGGUCCGACGAGAUCGAACUUUGCAACUACGUGUAUCGAAAAGAAUCAUAUGAAGAUCCCAUGCGGUGCACACACUAUAAAAUGCCAUUCAACUUAUUGCUGUACCUGAAUACCUUUUUGGGAGAACUGGCUUGCAACAAGAAGGAUGCAGUGGCGAGGUUGUUAGGAGCAUUUAACCAGAAAAGAUUUAAUAAUAGGAACAAUAAGGGCGUGCGCAACAAUUUUAAGGGAGAUUUGUAUAGGAUCGUGAUACAUGCCGGGGGUAUUAUUUCCUUCAAAUUGCUAACAAGUAGGAACGAGGUUGGGAAAACAAUUUACUACAUGAAUGAGGAGUUACUGCAGUUAGAAAGUAGUAAUAUCCUAGGGAAGAACUACCCGUUGAAGUACAUUUUUUACCUGAACCAGAAAGUGCGUGAUUUUCAGAGGUUGGUUAUACCUCAGGAACUGCGAAGUGAUAAACCCAUCACAUGUGGUAUCCUCCUAGAUUUUGACUACAUGAGUUAUUCGUUCGAAAUGGUUAAGAAGAGGCCCAUGAAGUUGGUGGACUUGAUGGUGAUGCUGGAUAAGAUUUGCGAGCUCCUUCGCGAGAAGUGCACCGUGAUUUUUGUGCACUAUGCGAGGAGGUGCACUCCCCAGGGGGAGGCAAAUUCUACAGGUGCGGUAAACGAGCUGAUUCUCUCGCACCCGCGACGCGCACCUAAGAACACGGCCAACGCACAUCGGGGGCACGCAUGCAGGAAUGAAAGGUCAUACGGUUACCUCUUCGAUGAUUUGGAAAGCACACUCGAGUUGUUCGAGGAGCGAAACAUAAAGGUGGUGAUUAGGAGGAGUGAGUUUACGGAAGAGGCGGAGGCAACCAAUACGGCAACAGCAGUACCUACUGGAGUGGCUGCUGGUACGAUGCUUUCGUACCGUUCGUUCCAUCCGUUCCAUACGUCGUGUUUGCCACAGUCGUCCCACCCUUCGGAUAUUGCGCAUGCAUCGGAAAAGAAAAACAAGAACACAAUCGUUAGGGCCAUCGCGCAGUUAUUUGAAAACCCCUACGUUGACAACAUUCUUCUCCUCUGCAAUGACGUAGAUGUGAUAUCCUAUUGUUACCAUGCUCGCCACAAAAUGAAGUGCAAAAAUGGAGAAGCUUCCAUGAAGAAGGAAUACUCUUUUCGAUUCAUGAAACCAGUUCUGAUCUUUUCCUUCUUAAAUAAUUUGCCAGUUAAAAAUGGGAAAAUAUAUCCUCACCUGAAGCUGGACAGGUUUUGCUACAUGACCUUUAUCAUAAGAACUUAUCUUCUAAGGUGCCAAGCCAGGAACCUCCAAAGGGUAGCCGUAGAAAGUCACUUCAACGUGGAUCUCGUGGAAGAACUAAUUAAAAAAUAUAACAUGGAGAAUAGCACACUAAAGAAAAGAAUGAACAUUUUACUUCUUGAUGAUUUAUUAUACAAGAUGAAGAGGAGGACGAAGAGGAAGGCGCAUGCGGAGGUCCCCCUUUCAGACUUGCUGUGCAGAAGCUUUUCUCCAGUGUACUAUCCUAUGCAGUACUACUUGCAGGAGUCCUGA